AUUGAAGACAGGAGAAUGAUCUAUAUAGAUGCUUAUUGAUCGAGCAGAAUGUCUAAGCUUAUGCAGAAUCCGGUGUUACAUGAAUUGAAGAAGCAAGCUUCUUUCUUCAUCAAGGAAAAGAUCAAGACUGCUCGUCUUGCUGUAACCGAUGUUACUGCAGAAGAACUGUGAGUAAACUUUACUAAAGUUAUAAACCUAUUUCCUGCUAAACCUAAAUCUCUCAUAUUUUAGAAACCUUUACAAGUAUUAUCAAGUGUUUUUGCAAUCAAAACUUGUUUUUGUGGUAUUUUUAGCAUAUCUCUCUCUCUCUUGUACUAAUUGAGUUGAAAUAUAAACUGUCUAAUGUGAAGAUUGACAGAAGAAGUUACGGGCAGCGAUCACUCAUCCAUAGACUCACGCUCCAUGGCGGCCAUAACAAGAGUUUCUUUUGAGGUUGAUCAAUUCCAAAGAAUCGUGAAGAUUCUACGUCAAAGAAUGGUAGUGUUUGAUAGAAAGGAAUGGCGCGGCAUGUGCAACACGUUGUCAAUGUUGAACCACUUGUUGCUCAAUGGCCCACUAAGUGUAUUCAGUGAGUUUCAACAUGAGAGAGCUAUUAUUGAAGAUGCUAUAAAGAUGGAGUGGAUUGAUGAGAGAGGGUUCGAUUGUGGUCUAAAGGUUCGAAACAUAGCCGAGAAAGUACUAAGAUUGCUUGAAGACGACAUGUUUCUUAAAGAUGAGCGAGAAAGAAACCGUAAGCAAAGCAUUGGUCGGAUCACAGGAUUUGGAAACUCGAGUUUUGUCAUACAUUCUGAAACGAACAACGGACGAGACGGCUCGUUAAUGUUGAGUAACCAUCAAACUUGUGAAAAUGAUUGUAUCGCGGAUGAUCAUCCAUUCGUCGAAAAUGAGCACAAGACUGCUCAACUCUUGCUUUCUUCUUCGACUUAGAGUUAGAUUUCCCUUGGUUGUAUUAUUAUGUUUGCUCUAUAGAAUUACUUAUGACCAAAGAACAAAGUUUUGGAAAUUCUGAGACGAUGAACUCACACAAAUACGUUAAUCGCGACGCUUACAUGCAUCGGUGAUUGAUUAUCUCUGUAUGGAGAAAAGAACUGCAUCACGUAUUAGAAAAGAAAUAGAUGAUAGAUUUUUGUUUUUAGGUUUGUUUCUCGAAGAAGAAAAAAAUA